AAUAUCCGUAAUAAAUCAAAAUUUAUAUUUUUGUUUAAACGUAUGAACAUAACCUAAUUUUGUAUAUGUAUCUAAUAUAUAUUGAAAACUAUAAGAUAAUAAUUGUACUUUUUGUAUCGAUGAUUAAAUUCUUGUUAAGAAAAGCGAUAUAAGAGACUUCUAACCGGUGAUGCAGUAGAUUUUUUCUUCCAGUUGUCAAAAUUACCAUGAGACUUAAAAACGGACUAAAAGGCGACGUGAAGAGUCAAGCUGUCGAAGAUCAACUCAGAAAUGUUGAUCCAGUGCUUGGUGCAGGUGAACAGUACAGAGACAAGAAACAUGAAAUAGAGUUAGUAUUAUGUGAAGACUUCAUUGAUUUAGACAGACUGAGAGACCUAGCAAUAAGUCCAGGGGGUUUUGUAACAGAUGAAUUACGACGCAAGGCGUGGCCAAAACUUCUUGGCAUAGACGUAGAUAACAUUCCAGAAAAACCAGCUGAUGAAGUAUUGCACGGCCAUCGGGACUACAACCAGGUGGUAAUGGAUGUCAACAGAUCUCUUAAAAGAUUCCCCCCAGGCAUGGAUCAGGAUGUGAGACUUGGGCUGCAGGAUCAGCUGGUGGAUCUUAUCAUGAGGGUGCUGGUUCGACAUGAUGAGCUACACUACUACCAGGGCUACCAUGAUAUUUGUGUGACAUUCCUUCUGGUUGUUGGUGAAGACGUAGCAUUUGCCUUGGUUGAAAAACUCUCAAUGAACCAUCUAAGAGACUUCAUGGAUGCUGACAUGGACCGGACCAAGCACAUUCUCAACUACAUGUACCCUUUGAUAGGGCGGGUCAACCCUGACUUGAGAGACCACAUGGAGAAGUCAGAAGUUGGGACCAUAUUCAGUCUGAGUUGGCUGAUCACAUGGUACGGCCAUGUGCUACCCCACCUACGAGACAUUGUGCGCUGUUAUGACUUCUUCAUUGCAUGUCAUCCACUUAUGCCUAUAUACCUCGCAGCUGCAAUCGUGAUGUACAGAGAACCAGAAAUCCUUACCACAGAUUGCGAGAUGUGCAUGCUUCACUCCCUGUUAUCUAAGAUCCCAGACAAUCUCCCGUAUGAAGAGCUGUUGGUUCAGGCCAGUGAACUGUACACCAAGUUUCCACCGGACAAUCUUGCUUGUGACGUGAUAUUGAUCACAAAAAGGAAUCAACAACUUCAGAAAGUCAGACUUCAGAGCAGGUCCCGUCACAAACAAGAACGGAAAAAGAACCGCUGGUUAUCAGUGUUCUACCAAGACGGCUCCAGUGUAUACUGCAAAGUAACCUUCUGGACACUGACUGCAGUGGUCAGUGCAGUGAUGAUCGCUUACUUGAGAUCUACAGACUGGGAAUUGUUGUCUGGAUGGUGGACCUAGCAUUGUUAUGGUGAAAUUGACCAGUGUGUCCAUAUUGUACUAGUCAGUUGAACAUGCACUAUAAAAGUGAAAAUUGUACUUUGCUCUUGAAUGUGGAAAACAUGUGUAAAGGUUUCAAUAUGAUACUUCUACCCAGGGUGAAAUGAAACAAGCAUGUUUUAUCUAAAUUAAAGCGGCGAGGCUGGGGUUCUUGAGUACUGCCUGUGUUGUGAAAUAACCACACAAUUUUAAAGUUAUUGAAUGAAACCAAUUUUCUGAGCAUUUGAAAUGAUGAAUUUGAUCGUUUGUUGGUCCAUAAUGACAACUAUGCUCUUGUGUCUUCUUGCUUUCUCUUCAUAAUUAACAUACUGAUGGCUUUUUCAACAGUCUGCAGAUUGUUGAUUGCUGAAUGUGUAUACUUGUCAGCAAGGUGAGAUAUAGACUGUUGAUUGCUGAAUGUGUAAACUUGUCAGCAAGGUGAGAUAUAGACUGUUGAUUGCUGAAUGUGUAUACUUGUCAGCAAGGUGAGAUGUAGACUGUUGAUUGCUGAAUGUGUAAACUUGUCAGCAAGGUGAGAUAUAGACUGUUGAUUGCUGAAUGUGUAAAUUUGUCAGCAAGGUGAGAUGUAGACUGUUGAUUGCUGAAUGUGUAAACUUGUCAGCAAGGUGAGAUGUAGACUGUUGAUUGCUGAAGAAUUGCAGCCAUAUAAAAAAAUGUUCUAAAAGAUAGCAAUAAUUGGAUGCUGUUCAUCAGAUACUAAAAACUCAUAUUUUAUCUUUAUUAUGCCCUCCUUCGAAGAAGAAGGGGUAUAUUGUUUUGUUGGAUGUCUGUCUGUCGGUCUUUCGGCAGAUCAGUUUGUUUCCAAUCAAUAACUUGUCAACGGAUUGACCGAUUGGAUUAAUACUAUACAUGUGUAUUGGCCUUGAACAGUAGAUGACCCCUAAUGAAAUUUGGGUCACUAGGUCAAAGGUCAAGGACACUGUCACAAUAAGUGAUCAAUAACUCAUGGAUGAAUUGACCGAUUGGCUUAAUACUUUACGUGCAUUGGCCUUGGACAGUAGAUGACCCCUAUAGAUAUUUUGGUCACUAGGUCAAAGGUCAAUUUCACUGUCACAAUAAGUGUGAAAAUUGUUUCCGAUCAAUAAUUCAUGAACAAAUUCACCGAUUGGCUUGAUACUUCACAUGUGCAUUGGCCUUGGUCAGUUAAUGACCCCUAUUGAAAUUUGGGUCACUAGGUCAAAGGUCAAGGUCACUGUCACAAUAAGUGUGAAAAGUUUCAGAUCAAUAACUCAUCAACAAAUUGACCGAUUGGCAUGAUACUUCCCAUGUGUAUUGGACUUGAACAGUAGAUGACUCCUAUUGAAAUUGGGGUGACCAAGUCAAAGGUCAUGGUCACUGUCACAAUAAGUGGGAAAAUCAUUUCGGAUCAAUAACUCUUCAAUGAAUUGACCAAUUGGCUUGAUACUUCCCAUGUGCAUUGGCCUUGGACAGUAGAUGACCCAUAUUGAAAUUUUGGUCACUAGGUCAAAGGUUAAAAUCACUGUCACAAUAAGUGUGAAAAUUGUUUACGAUCAAUAACUUGUCAACAAAUUGAACGAUUGGCUUGAUACUAAAAAUGUGCAUUAACCUUGGACAGUAGAUGACCCAAUUGAAAUAGAGGUCACUAGUUCAAAGCCCUGUUUGGGAGGCUUUUUUUCAUUGACCACCGAACUCUUGUUAUUAGUAUUAUGAUACAUUUGAAUCCCCCCAAAGAAAUGGAUUCAUAAAGGAUUGCACUUGUUUGUACAUCUGUGCUUUCUGAAGCUUGUGUUUUGAAUACUUUUUAACUACUUUAAUGACUGGGUCUUGCUAAAACUUUCAGAGUUGAAUGAACCUAAUGUUUUGCUUAUUAUAAAGAAAGGAAUUUUUGCAUUGAUGAGUUUUUGUAUGAAUAAUUGCCCUUGUCCCUUCAAGUCCCUUGUCCUGAAGCUUGUAUUUUCUACUCUUCUUCCACUUCUGGGUGGAUCUCGCUUAAAAUGUUGAAGUUGACAUACCUUCUGGUGUUGUAUAGAAAGGAAUUUUUGCUACUAUUAGUUAAAGUAUGACACGUUGUCUUUUUAUCCACUGCAGAAUAUAUAGUACAUUUAGUCAGUGGCCAAACAGGUGGUUUUGGAGCAUCAGUGUCUCUGACACAUUUCUAGUUCUAUUGGACCCACAUUUAAAUGCAGUAUGUCUAUUUUUCUAUUGUAAAUGAUUCUUUAAUUAAAAUUUUAAGAUAAUACAUGUAUAUUUGUACAGCUGAGUUUAAUACUGUGUCUAUUUGUUCAUUCUUUUUUCAAACAAAUCAUGUUUCUCUGUCAUCGUUCAUUGGCCAUAGUGUUAAAUCUUUAUUUGAUGAUUUUGUGAUACUAGUUAUUUAAUUGAUUUGUAAUUGUUACUGUUUGUUAUUCAAUUAUACAUUUAAUUUCUGUAAUUAUUUAUUAUAUUACUUUUUUGUAGUUAUAUUAAAACUUUAUGGCUUGCGACCACCCAACAGAGCAAAAAAAUGCUUAAGUAUUAAUUAUUUAGAGAAACAUUAAUUAAUGAAAUAGUAUUUUUUAGUUAUAAGGUGGAAGCCGUUCUUGCAUAAUAAUGAUGAUAUAAUUAUAUUCCUUUUCCAAAUUGAAAAAUUAUAAUAUGAUGUUUCAUUCAUAUUUUUAACAGAUCUCUGUUAAAUCUGGCAUUUGUAUUAUUUUCUAAAACACAUAUUCUUAGUCACAAUCUGCUUUUAUUGUGUUCUGAUUGUGAAUGAAAUAGUCAUAACGAAAUUGUUCUGGGCUUCCAAUCCUUUUUGGCAGUUUUACUAUCUGUCCUUUGUUUUGGUAUAUCUGAAAUAUCAUUUAAUUAAAGAGCUAAGUGUGAGGUUUUCUGUGGUUAUGUGAGUUUUAAACUCAUUCUCUGUGUGUUACAUUCUCGUACAUUUAAUCAAUUAAUUUAUUACUUUAAAUACCAGAUCAUUUUAUUGACUGAGUGCGUUAAGGAGCAGCUUCCCUGUUGUUAAAUAAUCAUCUUUUUAAGUUUUGGAACGUGUUUUAAACAUAACUGGAUGAUUCGUUAUAGAAAAGGAUUAAUUCAAUAUUUCACUUUCAUGUUUUGUAUGGACCUGUUUUAAUUUUAAUACAAACAUACUGGUUCAGUUUUUAACCAGGUUUUCCGAAGGAAAAAACUGGUUAUUAGAUUGGCGAAUGCGGGCGGGCUGGCUGGCUGGCGGGCGGGCGGAACAAGCUUGUCCGGGCCAUAACUAUGUCGUUCAUUGUCAGAUUUUAAAAUCAUUUGGCACAUUUGUUCACCAUCAUUGGACGGUGUGUCGCGCUAAAUAAUUACGUCGAUAUCUCCAAGGUCAAGGUCACACUUUGAGUUCAAAGGUCAAAAAUGGCCAUAAAUGAGCUUGUCCUGGCCAUAACUAUGUCAUUCAUUGUGAGAUUUUAAAAUCAUUUGGCACAUUUGUUCACCAUCAUGGGACAGUGUGUCGCACGAAAGAAUCACGUCAAUAUCUCUAAUGUCAAGGUCGCCAUAAAUAAAAAUAGAUUUUUUUUUUAAAACAAACUUACAAAGGGGGUUAAUUUUGUUUGUGCAUUUCAAAAGUUAAGUUUGAGUUUUCUCCCUUUAUCAGAUUUUUUUUUCACAAUGAAAACCUGGUUUUGUGACAAUUUUGUCCCUUGUUAGAUACAAGGAUUAAUUCAAAACCUUUAUUUUCAUGUUUUGUAUGGACCUUUUAUAAUUUCAAGACAUGACCUGUGUAUUAAUAUAUCUGGAACUCGAGCAGUCCUUGUGGGUUUGUGCAAUAAGGCUCAUAGUAAUGGGUUAUGUUUCUUCAUCACAUAGGCAUUGAUGAAAUAUUACCCAUGGGGCAAAACUGUGUUGCUUUGUUUACAAGUGUGAAAUCAAGCCAAAACAUGCAAGACAUAGAAGUCAACUUGUUUACCUUGUUAUGUCUUUUUUUUAUUAUGGAGUGUGUUUUUGUUAAUGUUUAAACUUAAGAUACAAAAUCAUGUGACAUUAUCAUGUUAUGAUAUUGUGGUAUAAAUAGAACACACGAUGAAAUUAUGUCAAAUACGACUUAUUUAUUUCUGAAUAUAAAUUAAUAACAUUUAUUUUCCCGGAAACGAUUGUAGUUUACUGGUUUCCUUGUCGCCAAUUGUAGUGUUUCUUCUACAGAAUACACUAUUUAUCACCAUUAAAGGAACUCCAUUUAAGGAACAAACACCAUUGAAAGUUAUACUGGUUUUAUUUACAUCCGUACUCGUCAAGCAUACAAAACAGUCUGUCUCUGAACAUGCUAUCCAAGAGGCAUUCAUUCCGGAGGCGUGUCCUGCAAGUAGGCGUGGCCAGUGCAAGCUAUUUCAUUGCUCUAUUUAAAAAAUAAAAAAUAAAAACGACAAACUAAUAUCUUUUUUUUCGUGGUAUUGCGGACACAUGGAAUAAUUCGUUUUCUUAAUCUUAUGAAACGGAAACAUUAUCAACACUUGUAUAAAUUUCAUAAGCCAUUAAUUAUACGGUAUAUACCGGUAUCUUAAUGCUAAAAAUAUAAAAACAUAAAUAUUAAUUUAUAUGCGUUGAACAUUUAAGCUUAAAAGAUAGAAGCCAUACCGUACGAGAAAAACUUGUAUGUGUCUAAUAGCUGGUUGAACGAUUCUUGGUAUUAAAGGUCCGAGUUAACCGGUGUGUAAUCGCUGGUUGAGCGAUUAUGGUGCUUACAUGGCCGUGUUGUAAAAAGUGUGACAUCGCUGGGUAAGCAAGCUAAAAAGUCACGUCACAGGUUACCAAUAGUUUGUCGUUCAACUCGUGGCUUUCGUACAAUACCGCACCAGAAUUUGUGGGGGAUAAAUUUGUGAAAUUUAUUGUGGCGGAAAAAAUUAUGUUUGCCGGGGGAUUGGAGGGGCAUGCGUACUUAUUCUACAACAUUUAUCUCUACAAGCUAACCUUAGCGGCAAUGAAUCAACACAUUGGCUCGAAUGGACUCUGGGUUUCAGGCGUAGUAUAUCAACCUAAUUUAAAGGUUAAGCUUUAAAAAUAGUAGCAAUGCCGCAGGGAAAAAACUUGUAUAGCGCUUAUUGGUAUUAAAUGUCAGAGAUGUAUUAAAUGUCCGAGUUAUGUCCGAGUUAAAAAAGUGUGUAAUGGUCAAGUGACCAUUGGUAUUAAAUUUCCGUGGUAUUAAAUGUCCGAGUUAAAAAGUGUGUAAUGGUCAAGUGACCAUUGAUAUUAAAUGUCCGAAUAAAAAAGUGCGUAAUGGUCAAGUGACCAUUGGUAAAGUGUGUAAUGGUCAAGUGACCAUUGGUACUUAAUGUCCGAGUUAAAAAGUGUGUAAUGGUCAAGUGACCAUUGGUAUAAAAAGUGGUAUGAUCGCAAGUGCAGCGAUCAAGUAAAAGUGUGAUAAGUAAAAGUGUGAUCGCAGGUAUAAGUGUAGCGAUCAAGUAAAGCAUGAUCGCAAGUGUAGCGAUCAAUUAAAGUGUGAUCGCAAGUGUAGCAAUCAAGUAAAGUGUGAUCGCAAGUGGAGCGAUCAAGUAAAGUGUGAUCGCAAGUGUAGAGAUCAUGGAUAUUAAGAGGUCAAGCGACUGGUAGAGCUAGGUCUAGCCCAAUCAACUAAAUGGUUUUUCCUGGCCCGGUCGCUUGAUGAUCAAGAGCAUUUUUAUUUGGGUAGGCGGUGUUGCUACUAUAGCGUCGUUACUUCACAUCGGUAAUUCAACGCGUGCUCUUCCACUACGGGUAGGCAUAAUUUUCUUGCGGCCGACUUCCACGAGUGUAUCAUCGAUAUCGUUGCAGUCGUAAAAUAAUAUCGAGACUGGUUGGACGUCCACAGUUAACAAUAAACAAAUUCCAUGUGUUAUCAUAUCUUACAGUAAUACGGUUUUAAAUGUUUUUGUUAUAUGAUUCUGCCGAAAAGUUCUUUAUUUCCAGUCAAUGUACACCGGCUCCUGACGGGCUCCUAGGGUCCCGUGGCCGACUUCCAGGCGCGUACCUGUGCCGGGGCCAGGUAGCUUCCUCACGACCGAUCAAAUUGGGUCCAACAUUGGGUCCUGUUCAACUGGAUCGCAUUCCGACGGACAGCGUGUCGCAGCGCUUGGGGUGUCUUGGGUGGCUACAACUGAUCAACGGACUGUGGCGUGCUCUUAUAGUGCACAUGAUUUUUACCGCUACCUACGUGACAAUGACCCAGCACAUUUGCUCGAAUGGACUCUGUGGUCUUCAUGCGUUGAUUAUCAUCCUAGUCUUUUCGGGUACCUCCAAGUAAUUCAAGGCUCAGCGACGGUUCCGGCAACAUCCUCACAAGCAAUCAAUAUGGAUUCAACAUAAGUUCGUGUACAACUGGGGCGCUUUUGCCUGUUCAUCUAGUGCACGGGAAUUCGGCAGCUAACCUAUGCGGCAACAACUCAGCACAUUUGCUCCAAUGGACUCUAUGGGCUACAUGCGUAGUUUAUCAUCCUCGUCCUUUUCGGGUUAUUCAAAGCUUGUGCUUAAAGGUUAAGCGCAUAUCUGUGCCAGUGUCAGCAACAUCCUCACAGACGACCGAGAUGGGUUCAGCCUUCCUUUGUUUACAAUUGGGGCGCAUUCCAUCGGACAGCGUGGUGCGGCGCUUGAAAUAUCUUGAGUGCUACAACUGACCAACGAACUGUUGAUAUUUUAUACACUUUUUUUGUAUAUAUUACAUUCAUUGUUAGGGCAUCCAGUUUUAAACGCCCUCACUUUUAUGGCAUUUGUUUAAAUGCCCCCUUUUUCAAUCUCAAUACUGGGUUUGUUGUUUACUUUAUGCCAUACUAGUUUCAAUCGGACAUACAUGAUUCGCAUAUUAGGAACAAUACAUAAAACCUAGUUUAUGCAUACACUUGGGUGUUUUCAGGUACAGUUUUCCAGAGUUAUUUGACAUCGGUUUUCCGAUGAAGUUUUAUCUCUGGUUUUUCCCCUGGCCUUGAAAACACCAUUUAAUGUUACAGAAUAGAAGUGAUGUCUACAAAUCAUGGUUGUACUGUCAUGUUCUUCUACGAUUGUUAUAUACUUGAUUGUGAUGUAUUACAAAUUAUUUUUAUCUAUUACAAACUGUUUUAUUCGUCGUCCAUGUAUUGUUUGUAUGUAUUUGCCUUCCUGUUGCAGUGGCGGAAAAUUCUGUUUGCCGGGGGAUUGGAGGGGCAUGCGUUCUUGUUCUACAACAUUUAUCUCUGCAAGCUAACCUUAGCGACAAUGAAUUCACACAUUGGCUCGAAUGGACUCAUUGGUAUUAAAUGUCCGAGAUGUAUUAAAUGUCCGAGUUAAAAAGUGUGUAAUGGUCAAGUGACCAUUGGUAUUCAAUGUCCGUGGUAUUAAAUGUCCGAGUUAAAAAGUGUGUAAUGGUCAAGUGACCAUUGAUAUUAAAUGUCCGAAUUAAAAAGUGCGUAAUGGUCAAGUGACCAUUGGUAAAGUGUGUAAUGGUCAAGUGACCCUUGGUACUUAAUGUCCGAGUUAAAAAGUGUGUAAUGGUCAAGUGACCAUUGGUAUAAAAGUGCUAUGAUUGCAAGUGUAGCGAUCAAGUAAAAGUGUGAUAAGUAAAAGUGUGAUCGCAGGUGUAAGUGAGGCGAUCAAGAAAAGCGUGAUCGCAAGUGUAGCGAUCAUGGAUAUUAAGAGGUCAAGCGACUGGUAGAGCUAGGUCUAGCUCAAUAAACUAAAUGGUUUUACCUGGCCCGGUCGCUUCAUGAUCAAGAGCAUUUCUAUUUGGGUAGGUGGUGUAGCUACUAUAGCGUCGUUACUUCACAUCGGUAAUUCAACGUGUGCUCUUCCACCACCGGUAGGCAUAAUUUUCUUGCGGUCGACUUCCACGAGUGUAUCAUCCACUCUUUCGGGGCUCGUGGUUACCAACGGCUGUUUCUGGUUAACGUUGCGGCCAUUAUAUCCCACUCUCUUAAUUGCAUAAUAUAUUAUAUAGAUCUGUUAGUGAAUACUUUAUACCUGUUCAUUCGAUUUCAUUUGUGUGAUGUUUAUUGAGAGGUAAAAUAUAUUGUAAUCAUGUCGUGAAACUAGUCAACUGAACAAAUGUGGCGUUUAAUCGAUAUUGUUGCAGUCGUAAAAUAAAUGUUGUUUCAUGUGCUCUUCAUUUAACACUUAUCUGCUCCUAGUAUUUUCAACAAAUAAGCAACAUUCUUAGAAAAAAGUUGGUUUAUGUAUGUGGGUAAAGUCUCGUCACAGAUUAACCUGUGCAGUUUGCUCUAGCUUAUCUGGUACGAAGCUUUUGGCUUUGAUUGAAUUUUCGUUUAGAACAGCCUUCCUAUAAAUGAAAAUUUAAACAAAUGCUGUAAGUGUUGCGUCUGAUUAGGGGACAACACUUUAUGCACAUGCAUGAUACUUAUUUCCUCUGAGCAGGGCUGAAGUAACUCUGUUUGUAAAAAAUAAUUCCACAUUGAUAAUAUUUAUGGUAAUUUUGAUUUUUCAUUGCACAAUUUUUAUGCCCCCGGAUCGAAUGAUCGGGGGUAUAUUGUUUUUGGUCUGUCUGUCUGUCAUUCUGUUUGUCAUUCUGUCCCAAAACUUUAACCUUGGGCAUAACUUUUGCAAUAUUAAAGAUAGCAACUUGAUAUUUGGCAUGCAUGUGUAUCUCAUGGAGCUGCACAUUUUGAGUGGUGAAAGGUCAAGAUCAAGGUCAUCGUUCAAGAUCAAAGGUCAAAUAUAUGGCUUCAAAGCGGCGUAGUAGAGGACAUUGUGUUUCACAAACACAGCUCUUGUUGAAUAUUGUUACAUAACUUUUCAUCUUUGAAUUUGUCUAAUGUAAGUAGAAGAUAAGUUUUACUUUGUUUUUAAUAUUUCCUAAGAAAAAUAUUUUUCACAAACAGUGCCCUCUUCAAUAAAUAUAUUUUGUAUGAUUGUUCCUAGUAUCUGUAAAGUGCACAUUGCAAUGAUUUAGCAAACAACAGUCAUAUAAUGGUCUGUUCUUAUCGAUAUAAAUCAAAAACCAAGUUUGACCUUCUCAAUGUUAAUAAAUAUUACCUGUAAGUCUGGUCAGGUAGAUGUCAUGACAUUCAUAUUUAAAUGGGAAAAAACAAGAUGUAAUUUUAGUUCCAGUUUUCAUUUCUAUUUAUUGAUGUACAUUGUAGGUCAUAUGUUUUACAUAUUUGAAAGUUAUUUCUCUUUGUUUGUUAUUUUGGAUACUUUAAUAAUUUUUUGUAAGAUUAAGCCAUGGUCCAAAUAAACAUUAAGCCAAUAGAAAUCCCUUAUGAAAUAUUAACAGCUUUCUCUUUUUGCAAUAUUUUAUGUUGUGAUUAAGUUUAAAGUCUAUAAUUGUUGUUAACGAGUAGACCAUCUCAUUUUAGAAACCACUUUAUGAGUGGUUGAAACUCGUAGAAUAAUUGCUUUAUGUGUUCAAGAACACCUUUAUUAUGCCCCCCUUCUAAGAAGAGGGGGUAUAUUGUUUUUGCACAUGUCGGUAGGUCGGUCCGUCCGUCCAGCAGAUGGUUUCCGGAUGAUAUUAGGCCUAGGAUCAUGAAACUUCAUAGGUACUUCAGGUCACUAGGUCAAAGGUCAAGGUUACAGUGACUUGAAAUAGUAAAAUGGUUUCCGGAUGAUAACUCAAGAAUGCUUAUGCCUAGGAUCAUGAAACUUCAUACGUAGAUUGAUCAUGACUUGCAGAUGACCCCUAUUGAUUUUCAGGUCACAAGGUCAAGGUCACGGUUACCCGAAAUAGUAAAAUGAUUUUCGGAUGAUAACUCAAGAACGCUUUUGCCUAGGAUCAUGACACUUCAUAGGUACAUUGAUCUUGACCCGCAGAUGACCCCUAUUGGUUUUCAGGUCACUAGGUCAAAGGUCAAGGUCACAGUGACAAAAAUCGUAUUCACACAAUGGCUGCCACUACAACGGACAGCCCAUAUGGGGGGCAUGCAUGUUUUACAAACAGCCCUUGUCAUGUAUGUAUUUUGUCGUUGAGUUUAAGUGCGACAGCCUAAGCACAAGAUUCUCAUGGUGAUCUUUUGUUUGUCAUCGUUGUUUAACAUUUUCCAUUGAGCAUUACAAGUUUUUUUUUGGUAUUCCAUUUUUUAUUUCCAUCGUAAUAUAUUUAUUGAGCAUUACAAGUUGCAUUUAUUGCCUAAUGAUUUAACUGUGGCAACAGAAGUCAAAAUGAUAUUAUAAAAAUGUGAACACAAAAAUAAAACUUGAACACUA